AAUAAUAUCGAUGAUUUUGCAACUUACACUAAGAAAUUAGCGAAGUAGAAGCUCUAUUUUAAAACUUAAUAUUUAUCUCGAUUCUUGGUAACAAGGCAAAAAUAGUGCGCCUUUAAGUCUCAAAGCCUAAAUGUGUUCUAGUGAGUGUAUUUGUGUAUAUUGUGUAUAUUUUAUAUACAAUGGGUAAUUGUCUAAAAAUUAAUAGUUCCGAUGACAUUUCCCUGUUGCGAGGCAGUGAAAGUUUUAUUGGGCAGGAUGGUGGACCAACGCCAGUUUCCCAGCAUGAGCCGAUGACCCAAGUGUUUUAUCCUACCUCUUCUAGCAGCCCUGGGGAUGCUGCUGGUGCUGGCAAUCACAUGUCAGAGGACGAUCAGAUAAAAAUAGCAAAGCGCAUCGGACUUGUUCAGCAUCUGCCUAUUGGCACCUACGAUAGCACCUCGAAGAAGGCACGCGAAUGUGUCAUUUGCAUGGUGGAGUUUUGUGUGGACGAGGCUGUACGAUAUCUUCCAUGCAUGCACAUCUAUCAUGUCCAUUGCAUUGACGACUGGUUAAUCCGGAGCCUCACUUGUCCCAGCUGCUUGGAGCCAGUGGAUGCCGCGCUGUUAACAAGCUAUGAAACAACAUAGCGCACUCUACACUACUAAGAAAAGCAAAGUUUUUGUUUUAUUAACGUGAGAACUACAUAUAUAAUCGAAUCGAACAAAUCAAUGCUAACAGUUAGCAUAGCGUCAGACCGUAUAUUAUAACGUCACACUCGGGUCUUUCGAUAAAAAUGUCAACAAUAACGGAUCUGUUCUUACUGCAACCUACAAGCAAGUCGGAUUACACAAUUCUAUCAAAGGAAUGGCCAACUAAGUUUGUGUUUCCAUUAAAAAGGAGCAGCAUCCUACUCAGUUCGAUCGGAGCAGUUCGCCUUUGCUAUCAAUAGGGGAGGGGGGUUUUCUUAUUAUUAUUCCUGUUUUGUUGUAGUUAGUUUUUAAUUGUUUUAUAUUUGUGUAUCGUUGAUUUUCAUUAAACGAACAUGAAGGAUGAACAUUUAUGGAAAAUUAUAUCAAUGAUAAAAGCGAUGUACAUAUACAUAUAAUUCAACAAUUGUUCAUAUAUACAUAUAUAUAAUUCAUUAAAUGUGUAACCUUCUAUACAACGUAGCUAUAAUUUAUACAAUAAUAAAUAUAAAUAUUGAAACCAUAA